AUGCCUCCAAUGAGGGAUUUCGAUGAGGAUUCGUUCUCUCUGACCAAUAUCGAACACGAAAUUAUGGGCACAUCAACACGUCGUGUCGACGAGCCCGAACUUGACUACGAUAUCCACACUUCAACCCUCGACCAAGCCUUCCCUGAUUUCUCCCAAAUACAGACCUCCGAAGAAGAACAGGAUGAGCCUUCAGUGAGCGACAUCGAAAUGUCCGUGGAAUUGGGACGCGGUGCUGGCAAGGCGGGACGCGACGACUCGCGAAGCUCUGUGAUGAGCUUCGAAAACAGUGUCCGUUCUUCUUCACCUGCAAUUCGGGUCGAAUACCCAACUCCACAAAAGCCCACUACGCGCCCACAGCGUCGAGCCGUCAGUGAAAAUCUUCGAAAGAACGCCCAAGUGCGGCGCGCGACCCAAGCACAGAAGGAAACCAUGAGUCCGCAAGUAUCAAAGUCCCAGCGCGACCAGCGUCGAACAUUUUCCGACAUGCACGCCAAAGUGCGCGAUAACUACGACGGCUCUUUCUUGGGAGAUGAACGUCCAGCCCCAGUUUCAACAAAGACGCGCUCGACGCGCUUCGGAAAUGCCAACACCUCGCAAGAUAUUGCAGACGCUGUUGAGCGAGCUUCGCGUGAUGCCUACGCCAAGGAAUUGCGCAAGUCUACUUCAGGCACUCCUCGCAAGGCCAGUGCCAAUCCAGCCAACAACAAUACUAUUGGUGAUACCAUGACCCACCAAUCAUUCCUUCUCCCCGACCUCCCUAAUAUCUCCGAACUUGUGUCUGGUGUGUACGAAGAUGGCACACCUGUCUACAACCGACAAGGCAAGAUGCGUUCUACUCGGUUUGUUUCACCACUGCAAGAUAACACCGAAAUGUCUCUGCCCCAUGAUCACUUCCCGCUGGACGCAGUACCUGUUCCUGAAGAUGAGAAGGCCUUGUUCGUUUCAUUGAGGCUGCUCCAGGACAAAGUGGCAGAGUUGAACAUGUGGAAGUCCGACGCAGAAAGGCGAAUGGAAAACUAUCGUCAGGAGAACGCCUCCCUAAAAUCGAGCAAACAUCGUCACUCAGUCAAGUAUGAUUCAGAAGACAAUGAGCACAAGAAGGGAUCUAAACGUUUGGCGAAUGAGAAUCAGAAAUUGGAAGCAAGCAACCUUGAAUUACAAAACCAGCUGGACAUUGCAGAUCGAAAGGCUCAGGUUCAGGAGUCCGCCAUUAAGCGUCUUAAUCACGACCGAGAGUCAGCCAUCUCCCAACUUGGUGCAGCUUAUCUCGAAAACCGAGAACUCAAGGCCGACAAUGAGGAAUUAAGACAAGAGAACGCGGAUCUCAAAUCCCAACUUCCUCGGUCCUCCCACCGCAAGAGCCGCGAGCAGGACACCCUCGAAUCUGAGGCUAGCUCAACUGUAUCUGAUGCCGACGAUAGCCAGUUGUAUACCGAGCGCAGCGCCGACAUGAGUCGCAGCACUAAGGACCUCACAUCGAAGAGCACCCGCUCUCACACUAAGAGCAGACGCCACGAUGAUUCGCGUUCGAAGGUUUCUAACCAGGUGGAUAAGGAAAUUCAUCGUCUUGAAAAGGAACGCGCCGAUGAGGCUCUUUUCUCCCUCGAGGUGCCCAACCCAAGACGCACCUCGAGUUCAAAAUCCUCGAAGCCCGCGACUCGUACAGUUGAAUCAAAGAGCUCCCGGAAGCAGCCCAACACUAGCAAACAACGUGUGAAGCGAGUCGUGGUGGAGGAUGUGAGCUCGCCAGUUGAGGCGACUGAGCAGACAAAGGAGUCUUCUGAUGUGGAUGUUACCUUCUUGAGUUUGAUUGAUGAACAUGAAAUUGCUCGUCUACGCAAGACCCUGGAAGAGGAGAGAUUGUUGCGUAAACAGCGCCGCCCAAGUAUUCCCAAGGAAAGCAACCCCACAGAGACCGUCAACUCAACCAGGCAGAGCAUUUUGAAAGCUCCUGCUCCUCGCAAAUCAUCGAUUCGCGAAAGCAAGCCGAUGACCCCUCGCCCAGCAUCCGCUGCCGGUGAUAUCACCACCGGUUCAAGAGUAACCACCGAUGGAGAGUCUAGUCUUACUGUUCCAAUUGCAGAGCGUUCCAGGCGUCACUCAGACAACUCCUUGCCUGCAACCACCCCGCUCAAGAAGCAGCGACCUGCUCCUGACAUGACCUCCGCUUUCAUUCUUCCUGAUAUUACACUCCACCAGGCAGACUUGGCGGCUAACGACCCAUCCAAGCUGCCCCAAGCCACCCAGAAAGCAUUGGACAGCAUUGCCCAACACAACGGCAAGAACUGUACUGUCUGCCAUGGCCGCUCGAAUGAUGAUGAAUGCAACCACGAGCCGGUCAAGAUCCCCAAGCCUGUUCCAGCUUCGGAGCGCAUGCCCAAGCCCUCAGUAUACAACGAGGAGCCUACCAUGCGCCCUUCGCAACCACCCGCCGUCGCCCUUGCCACCGUCCUGAAGAGCCUGGAAGACGAGCUCUCUCACCUGAAGAUGCAACUGGCCACCUACCAGAGCGCCUUCAACAAGCUGGACGCAUCCCUCGGCAAGCGCCCACGCAAGGCCCUCCUCGAAAAGAUCGACAAGCUCCUCAAGGACAUCGACAUGAAGUCCGACCAGAUCUACGCCCUGUACGAUGUCCUCGAAGGACAAAAGCAAGACGGCCAUGAAAUGACCGAGCAAGAAAUGGAGAUGACCCUCGAAUCCAUUGGAAUUGAUUUCGGUGCAUCCCAAGCACCAGAUAUUACAGGUACCACUGACAAGUCUUCCCGUCACACUGAUCAGAUUGAUCUAGAUGAUGAGGAUUUGCCUUGGGAGGGUAUUGAGAGUACUACUGAGAUGACUGGACAUCUCUCUAUUCGCGGUCACUAA